CUUUAGGGAGUCCGCUUUCUGUUGCUUCAAAGUAAAGAUUUUUCAUUUUAUACUCCUUGUUUGUUGUUGGUUUCCAGGAUAGCUCCUUCGCCCGUCUACGAACUAUGCUGCUGCUUCUACUUGCCUAGUCCUGCUUCUUUUUUGGCUUAUUUAUUUAUAGCCUCCCUCUCUUGCAGUAGUUGUUCCAUUGGAACAUUCAUGAUCAAGCAAUCAUGAACAAACUAAUGCUGCCCAUCACCUACGUUUUACUCCUGUUGAUGAUCCAGACCGAUGAUAAGUCAUUUUCUAGCUACGCUUCCCCUGCCGGUGGGAACGUGCGAUUGAAAUUAAUACAUUCGCAAGCAUAUGCUCCGAAGUCUAAUUAUGAUCAGAUGAAGCGCAUCAGGGAGCUUGUUCAUAGCGACAUUCUCCGUCGGGGUAUCAUGUUCAGUAAGCACCACCAGAGCACGAGGAGGAAGGUAUGGGAAAAGCCAAGACGCCGAACCAAUUGCAGCGACAUCUCCAUAGGGAUGCCCAUUUCCUCCGGUCGGGACUAUGGAACAGGCCAGUACUUCGUGGAAGUGAAUGUCGGGACACCCCCUCAGAAGAUGUUGCUGAUUGCAGAUACGGGAAGCGAAUUGACCUGGAUGAACUGCAAGCGCCACGGCCGGAGAAGAGGAUUUCAGUCAACUCGAUCCUCAACCUUCAAAACUGUUCCUUGCUCGUCUCGCACUUGUAAGAUUGACUUCAUGGAUCUCUUCUCGCUUGCUCGGUGCCCCACCCCAUCUACACCCUGUUCCUAUGAUUACAGAUACUCGGAUGGGUCAGGCGCGCUGGGGAUCUUUGCGCGAGAGACAGUCACGGCGGAAAUCACAAAUGAGAAGGGGAGAGCGACCAAGGUGGAAGAUGUGGUGGUUGGAUGUACCCUGACUCUCCAAGGUCAGGGCUUCCAGGGAGCCGACGGGGUGUUGGGCUUGGCGUACAGCAACUACUCCUUUGCCACCAGGGCUUCUCACACGUUCGGCGGAACCUUCUCUUAUUGCCUUGUUGAUCAUCUGAGCCACAAGUACCUCUCCAAUUACCUCACUUUUGGAUAUGCGGGCGCCACGAGCCAUUCGGGGUUGCUUUCACGUAUGCAUUACACCAAGCUUGAUCUGGCCAGCCUCAUCCCCUUCUAUGCAGUGAAUGUAGAGGGCAUCUCCAUCAACGGAGAAUUGCUAAAGAUUCCGUCCCUAAUAUGGGCAGCCGAUCGGGGCGGCGGGACGAUCAUUGAUUCUGGCACAAGCCUGACGAUUCUAACGGAGCUGGCUUACAGGCCUGUCGUGGGUGCUCUAGGAGAAGCACUGUCCAAGAGACUCGAGAGGACGAAGUUGGACGGAGGAGGGCCUCUGGAGUACUGCUACAACAGCACAAACCCCUGGUCUAGGUUCGAGGACUCGUGGGUACCGAGACUGGCGUUUCAUUUCAGUGAUGGCGCUCGGUUUGAGCCUCCCGUGAGAAGCUACGUGAUCGACGCAGCUCCAGGGGUGAAGUGUCUGGGGUUCCUGUCGGCGACAUGGCCCGGCGUCUCAGUGAUUGGCAACAUCAUACAACAGAAGCAUGUUUGGGAGUUUAACUUGGUCCAAGGCGUGUUGGGUUAUGCACCCUCCACUUGCGCCUCCGGAUGAACGUGAUUCGGGAUUUCGUACUACUCAGCCCCCACCCUCCUCUGCCGCUCCUCUGUUUUGCACACUUCUGUUUCACACAUCACAAACAACUCAAUGACUUCGACGAUUUGUCGUAUUAUUGUAAAUGUUGUCAUCAAAUAGAAAAUCAUAACAAAAUAAGUAUUUACAUACAAUCAGUUUCUUUUUUUUUUUCUUUUUUUUUUUUUUUGUUUUGGGAAGAGUUAGAUGGACAUUUCAUCGUCCAUGAGAUAACCAUGAUUGUUAUAUAUCACAAAAAGAAUUGUUAGA